GCCUCAUCAGCAUCUGAACCUUCCUGAGGAGGUGUGUUUUUGUGUAGUAACAGGUUGCAAGUUAGUGGGAGAUCGGGCAAAGAAGCUACUUCAGAAACAUGUCAGAGAAAAGUGAAAAUGUAGCAAAGUCAUAAAUGAAGAGGAAAAAAAGACAAGACCUGUCAGCAGCUGAGCGAAUCACAGCUAUGACAGGAUGAUGUUGGUACCUGGAGAAAAUGUAAGUUGACUCUGCACCCUGAUCAUAGCUCAGGGGACCUCUCACUCAUUUCCUGGUUUUGAAUGAUGGGCUCUUGGAAGUUCUGUCUUUUUGGCAUGUCUCUUGUUUCUGCCCUGACUUUUGUAUUUAUUUACAAUAACAAGUUGUGCGAGAAUAAUAUGCAUUUUCUGAGGGCCGCCCCGGCCAACGCUUCACUGUUAGCAGAAAUCUGUCUUCAGAUGUUUGCUGGAGAGGGCUUUUACCCAACAGAAAACACCCUGAAAACCACCCUCAAUGAAUCUACCUGUUAUCAGUACAGGGUUCAAAGUCAUUAUAUAACACAAACACUCUCUCAAGAAGAAGCUGGCUUCCCUUUGGCUUUCACACUGACUAUCCACAAAGACUUUGGCACAUUUGAGAGAUUGUUCAGAGCGAUUUACAUGCCCCAAAAUGUCUACUGUGUGCAUGUGGAUAAGAAGGCAGCAGUUGAAUUCAAAGAUGCAGUGGAACAAUUGCUCAGCUGCUUCCCAAAUGCUUUUCUGGCUUCUAAGAUAGAACCAGUUGUCUAUGGCGGGAUCUCCAGACUCCAGGCUGACCUGAACUGCAUGAAGGAUCUUGUGGCCUCUGAGGUCCCGUGGAAAUACCUCAUCAACACCUGUGGGCAAGAUUUCCCUCUGAAAACCAACAAGGAAAUCGUCCAGUACCUGAAAGGACUCAAAGCGAAGAAUCUAACCCCAGGAGUGCUGCCCCCAGCUCAUGCAAUUGGGCGGACUAAGUAUGUCCACCGGGAACUGUUAGACAGCAAAAAUUCCUACGUGCAAAAAACAAAAAAGUUAAAAACCCCUCCUCCUCAUAAUCUGACCAUUUACUUUGGCACUGCCUAUGUGGCCCUCACAAGGGAAUUUGCUAAUUUUGUCCUCCAAGACCAGCAGGCACUGGACUUACUCUCCUGGUCCAAAGACACCUAUAGUCCUGAUGAACAUUUCUGGGUCACACUCAAUAGGAUUCCUGGAGUCCCUGGCGCCAUGCCAAAUGCAUCUUGGACUGGCAACCUCAGGGCUGUAAAGUGGAUUGACAUGGAAGACAAACAUGGAGGUUGCCAUGGUCAUUAUGUACACGGCAUUUGUAUCUAUGGAAAUGGAGACCUAAAGUGGCUGAUUAAUUCACCAAGCUUGUUUGCUAACAAGUUUGAGCUGAACACAUACCCCCUUACUGUGGAAUGUCUGGAGCUGAGGCUUCGAGAAAGAACCCUUAAUCAGAGUGAAACUGCAAUACAACCUAGCUGGUAUUUUUGAUGGAAGCCAACUCGUGCCUCAUAGGCAUUUGCAAUGGGAAAGAAGAGCCUUUCUUUGUAAGAGACUUUUGCCUUGGUUAUAUUCCGGGUUUCAGGUCCUGAAAGCUACAGGACCUUGGUACAUAACUGCACCUAAAAUAUCCACUGGACACUGUGAUGUAUACUACUGGGAUGGCUGGUACAGUGAUCCUGGCACUUUGGCCAGUCUGGCUGUUUUUUAAUGCUCAUCCCUGUGUUAGGCUAC